ACGGUAGCCUUUAGACAAUAUUUCAUUGAUCCACGUAUUUGAUGUGAAUAAUCGAAACUAUGAUAUCUGGAUUGUGAUGUAGAUGAACAAUCGGAAGUGUAGCAGUUUAAAUAAAUGUAAAAUCUAAGACAUUUUCCAACAUAAGAUAUCAACGAUAACAUUCACAUAAGAUAUGUAUCAAAAGGAAGCUAUUAAGAAACUAGAUGCACCAACUAGAAGUGCCUAGGUCAUAUACAUAAUGAGCGUAUCACCUCUUUUGUUUGCAUUCGUUCGGGAAACAGUGGUGUUAUCGAAAGUAAGAUAAUAAUUUCGUAAUUCAACAAAAAUCAAACUCUCCAUUGUAGUGAAUUGUUCGAAAAUACGUUAUUUAUCGUCGGUGAAUUCCGCUGGAUAUCUUGGAGCGAAAUCAAGAGCCGGCAAUUGGCCAUUGCCGAUUUGUAUACCUGAGAUGGCUGGACUAGAUCUCCUGGCUCGGAAGAGUCUUGAACGUGGAAGUGACGCUUCUAUCCUCAUCACCAAUUCCUCAAUCGGCAGUAUUGACUCACAGCGUCAAGAUACAUGGUCUUGGAAAUAUCUCAGGGAUCAGUUUUGCGUGAAGCAAGCAGAUUCUUUAUUUGAGAAAUAUCAGUCUCGCCUUCACCAUGCCAUGCUCAUCCUCGUACUCACAGUUAACAUUCUAUCAAGCAUUUCAGCAAUACUACUCAUGUGUUUCUUCACAGACAACUGUCUGCAGUCACUUAAAGUUCCUGUCUCAUUCCGAAUCGUCUUAACAUCAUUUAGUCUUGUCCUCUACAUCAUCAGCUAUCAAGAGAGAUGGUUUUUCAGUGCUUGUUCUAGAUUCAUUGUCUCCUCAUUACUCCUCAUCUUAUCAGUAACAGCGGAGAGCUUCAGCAGCAUCUUGAACCUCAUCAGCGGUACGCCAGCGUCUCCUCGAUUCUCAGCUUAUACCCUACUUAUUACAACUACAUUUUUACCCUUCCCUAAAUGGUAUCAAGUGGGCAUAUCAACUUUUCUUGUUACUAUGUUAGAACUAACCAUCAGCAGUCUUAGUUACAAACUGGAAGGAGACAUAAAAUGGCGGCAAAUGUCAACAGACGUCAUUUUCUACUUGUCACUUGCCUUGGUGGGUCUAUAUAUCCGGUUUCUUAUGGAGUUUACGAACCGAAAAGCUUUUCUUGACCGAAGAGAGUGUUUCGAAAGCAAAUUUCAUCUCCAAUACGAAAAAGAUCAAGAGGAUCGUCUCCUGUUGAGUGUUCUUCCCAAACAUAUUUCAGUACAGGUAAAAGAAUGUAUACGAGAUGUCAUACGUCGGAUUCAUCUCACACCCAUGCCUCAAAGACCUUUCACAGAACUCUUUGUGGAAAAACACAGAAAUGUAAGCAUUUUGUUUGCAGACAUUGUUAAUUCGGUUGCUUUGACAGCAUCACUCAAUGUGAGUGAAUUGGUUGAAACUUUGAAUGAAUUAUUCGGCAGAUUUGAUGAAUGUGCAGAGAGAAAUCACUGUCUUAGAAUAAAGCUUCUAGGUGAUUGCUAUUACUGCAUAAGUGGAAUACCCGACAGUGAUCCACUACACGCCGAUCACUGUGUCCAGAUGGGUCUCGACAUGAUCAACAUCAUAAGAAAUUUUCGAGAAGAGACGAAAGUAAACGUGGACAUGAGAAUCGGGGUGCACAGUGGCAAUGUUCUGAGUGGCUUAUUAGGGCUUCGAAAAUGGCAGUUUGAUAUAUGGUCUAGGGAUGUUACCAUAGCCAGUAAAAUGGAACAAUCAGGAAGGCCAGGAUGUGUUCACAUUACCAAGGCCACCAAAGACUUACUUCAAACUGAAUACAUGAUUGAGCCAGGAAAUGGAAACAUCAAGGAUGAUUACUUAAAUAAACUUAAUAUGGAAACUUUUUUCAUUGCUCCGAAAAAAACAAUAAAAUCGUCUCUGUACAUUGUUAAUCCUGACAGGAGCCCAAGUCAUUCGAGGAGAGCUUCUUCAUUUAGACAUUCCAAAAUUCAAAGGAAAUUAUCCUCAGCUACAGAAGUACUAUCAUCAAGGAGACGAACUGUUUUGGGUUUCAGUCUCCUACAAUUUCGCCAGAUGGUGAGCCAAGUAAAUGAGUUUAUGGAAAGUGCUAUUGAUGCUAUGGCUCUAAGUAAGAAAGACCAGUGGCUUAAGCCAGAAGGUAUUCAGCCAUUACUUCUAACCUUUAAAGACAAAACAGUAGAAGUACCAUUCCUGUUGCAGAAAAAUCCACUUUUCAAAUAUUCCAUAUUAGCAACGCUUUUUACUGCUUUUGUUCUAACAACUAUCAGUUGUCUUGUAAAACCCAGAUUGCACCUGUUUUGGAUUGCAAAAUUUUUGUUAUUUGCAAUUCUAAUAGUCAGCGUUAUUCUUCUAUGGGUGCCAGCUAUUUGGAAGAUAAUUAAGAAAAAAACGUCAAAACUUCAUUUUCUGUACUCUCUUCGAGGAUCUCUGAACAAUUUUUUACUCAGAACAGUUGUUUUUGUCGGAAUAUCUGCACUUCUUAAUGCGGUAGCUCUAAUGGGUUUGAAUGAAUGUGUUCCUUUGAAUUCUGCUCUCGUCGGAAACAGAACUGUUUUUGAACAUGAAUCGAUAGCUUGCUAUAAACCAUGGUACUUUACUUGGUGUGCUAUCUUAGCUAUGGUGUCCUUAUCGAUAUUCCUCAGAGUUCAUUUCUUCAUAAAAUUGAUAUUAAAUGGCAGUCUUGUCGCAGCAUUUUCUUGUUUCAUCUUUUACAAACCGAAUGUGUUUAGCAGGCCUUACCUUCAAGACUGGGAAAUGUUACCUCCUGGGACAGACCAAUACUGGUGUCUGUUUGUAAUUCUUUGCACAUUGCAUUUGUUAGAUAGACAGGUAGAAUAUGUAGGACGACUGGAUUAUUUAUGGAAACGAAAACUGAAGAAAGAGCAGGAUGAAGCUGCAACAAUGGGUCUGGUUAAUAGAACUUUGCUUCAAAAUAUACUUCCAGUUCAUGUGGCCCAGUAUUACCUUACGAAGGAAGCAAUGCAUUUAGAUUUGGACUUGUAUCAUGAAGAGUACAAUUCUGCCGCCGUAAUGUUCGCCUCUAUACCGAACUACAUGGAUUUCUAUAGUGAAUCACUCCUGAACGAUGAAGGAAGGAAGUGUCUUCAAGUUCUGCAUGAAAUCAUAAGUGAUUUUGACAAACUUCUGUAUGAACCUCCAUUUUUAAAACUUGAAAAGAUCAAAACAAUUGGAAGUACUUAUAUGGCUGCAGCUGGUUUGCAACCAGGAAGAAAUUCUAGCAGGACUUCAUAUGAGGUAAGAUCCGUAGACAAUGUUUUAUCCUUACCAUUUUCAAGUUUUGGUCCAGAAGAAGAUGCCACACAGAAUGUUUUGGUUCUUAUAAAGUUUGCAAUGACGAUUAUGGAUUCCUUGGAAGAGAUAAACAAACAAAGUUGGCAAAAAUUUCAUCUAAGAAUUGGGAUUGCAAUGGGUCCUGUUCUAGCAGGAGUUGUGGGUACUUCAAAGCCACAAUAUGAUAUUUGGGGAGAUACUGUUAAUAUUGCAAGCAGGAUGGAUAGUACCGGUGUCAUUGGAUCUAUUCAAGUAACAGAGGCAGUGGCAAAUAUUUUAAAAGAAAGUUCCAAAUACGAUGUUGAAUGUCGGGGAAAAAUCUUCGUCAAAGGAAAAGGUUGGAUGACAACAUAUCUCGUGAGUGCCAUUGAAAAUACACGACUUUAAAUUACAUGAGGGCAUGAUGUACUCAAAACCCUUAUUGUGUCCGUAAGGUAUCAGUUAUUUCAUGCAUAUUUGAGAGUCUUUUGCUGCAUGAGCAUUUUUCUGGAGA